UGACGUUUGUUACAUAGGCAUUGAUAUCUAUAGAUUUGUAUGAAAAGAUCCUUGCUGGAAAGUUGACAAGGUAAUAGGAAGACGUCGAACAAAAUCUGGAAAAGAAGAGUUUCUGGUGCAUUGGAAAAAUUACGACUCCCUUUACAGCACUUGGGAACCGAUUGAGAAUUUAAGUCCUUGCCUUCAUACUGUUACAGAGUUUAUGGCCAAAGCAUUCCCAAUGCCGGGAAUAAAUGCUGCUUUUGUUACUCAUUUGGAGUCUAAACAUCCAGAGAUGCGACAGUUAAGAAAGGUUACUGAUAUUGAUAAGAGCAAGCUUAGAAGUCUUCAAAACAAGGAAAUGGUUGAUGAGAUUUUGAAAGUAAAAAAUAUGACCCAAGAACUUAAAAAAUAUCAAAGAGGACUUGGAAGAGGAAGAAAAAGAUCACAGCUUAGUGAUCCAUGUGAAGUGUUUACUCAAGAAGCCAAAAAGCUUAGACCAGGGCCACUCAAUGGUCGCGUCAUUGGACAAACUGUUUUCUCUGGACUUUCUCGCAAAAGUCUGGGAGGAGCUUCUCCUAAGAAAGGAGAAAAGAAAUCCCCAGGAAAGAGAGGAAAGAAUGGCUUGACUUGCUCAUUCUUGGAUGGUCUUGAUGACGAUGAAGUGUUAAGGUUGACCCGUACAACGCGGACACAUGGUGUACUGGAUGAGUGUGUGUCUGUCCUUAAAGAAGGGAGAGUAUGGAAAAUAACUUUGUGCAAUGAAAGAAAGAAAAAUGCCCUGACAACAGAGAUGUGUGAACAGCUUGCUGGCUUUCUUCAUGAAGCAUCAAAAGAAGAUGUUGUUAGUGUUGUCAUACUGACAGGUGCAGGGAACAGUUUCUGUAGUGGUCUGGAUUACCAGCACCUAAUUGCUACACACAAUCGACAGGAAGCAAAAAGGAUGGUUGAGAAAUUCAAACUAUUGGUUGAACUUUUGAUUGGUUUCCCAAAGGUUCUUGUAGCAGCUGUAAAUGGUAAUGCAUUAGGAUUUGGCACAGCACUCCUCAGUUUAUGUGACAUAGUGUAUGCAAGCAACAAGGCAACUUUUCAGACAUGUUUUACCCAAUGGGGUCUUCCACCCAUUGGUUGUUUGUCUUCCCUUUUACCUUCCCUAUUGGGAAAAACUGGGGGACUGUCAAUGCUCUUAUUGAAUCAAAAGAUGGCUGCCACCCAAGCAUGGGAAAAGGGACUGGUGAUGGAAGUUUUCAAACCAGAUAAUUUCUUGGAACAAGUUGACAACAGAGUUAAAGUAAUGGCUGCUAUGUCAAAUAAGAUUCUACAGGACACAAAAUCUCUAGUCCAGCAUGUGAACCAAGAGACACUUUGCGAUGCCAACAAUGAAGAAUGUAAAUUAUUACUAAAAUACCUUGGAGAUGAUAAAGUGUUGGACACUCUGAAAACAAACUGGCUUCCAGAUGUUGUUUCACCUUAGUUAAUUUGUGAUUUAUCCUUUGAAAAUGCUGUAUCUGUUACUGAAUUAGGUUAAACAAUUUUCUGUGAUUUUUAUUAUUAUUAUUAUUAUUAUUAUUAUUAUUAUUAUUAUUAUUAUUAUUAUUAGUACUUUGAAACAGAUAAUGUUGCAUUUGCUGUAAACUUUUUAGGCAAUACAAGUGUGGCAUUCUUUUACACCCCAUGUAGUUGAAAUACUAAGCCUUAUAUGUCAAUCUCUUCAAUAACAGUAUUUAAUUCUACCCUUAUCCAUUAUGAAUGCUUCUUCUGAAUGAUAUUCUUCUUACAGCUACCCAUAGUUUUCAGUAAUAAUUACCUGCAUCCACCACAUCUCUGGUGACCUACCCCUAACAUAGUGCUUUCUGGCAAAAUUACGAAUCUUUGGGUUGUUUGUUAUAGUUGUUUGAUCACAGCAACAAAAGCAUAUAGUCAAACAAAAGAGGUUUAAAAAAAAAAAGGUUUUUAAUUGACAUUUUCCUCAGCAUUGCAGUCCUGAUUGCUAAGAUCCCCAAUGAUUUCUGAGGAUAAACUCUGUUGAGAUUUCGAGUUACUUCCAAACACA